AUGGGGGAAUCCGUGUUGGCAGCUUCGGUUGCCAAGCCGGCGGCCAUAGAGGGAAGAAACAUCAUCAUUCUCUAUGGCUCUGAAACAGGAAAUGGAGAGGAAAUCGCCAUGGAGUUGGCCAAAAUGACUGAAAGGUUACACUUCAAUACUAUUGUUGAUGAGAUGGACGGCUUCAAGUUGACGGACUUACUGCGUUACUCUUUGGCCAUCAUUGUCACCUCUACCACUGGUCAAGGUGAUAUGCCAAAGAACACGACGACGUUCUGGAAAAACCUUAGACGUACAAAGCUCAACAAUACCAACUGUCUUGCGCCUGUCAAGUUCUCCAUUUUUGGACUUGGUGAUAGCUCAUAUCCAAAGUUCAACUGGGCAGCGCGGAAGCUUCGUGUACGCCUAUUGCAGCUUGGUGCUUCCGAAUUCUUCAGACCAGGCGAAGCUGAUGAGAGGCAUGAAAAUGGACUCGACAGCAUCUAUCUACCCUGGUACCAGGAGUUAAGAGAGUCUUUGUUAUCUCAGUUUCCUCUUCCAGAGGGCAUAGAGCCCAUACCAGACGACGCUCAACUUCCACCAAAGUACAACAUCCGACUUGUGCCAUCAACGGGCUCUGCUAAGGACAGUAUGACAAAUGGCGACGGCCAUCUCUCUCAGGUCGAGGAUGGUGAACAGUUAGCGGCAAGAUUUGAGCGGAUGAGUACCGACUCUCAAGACAGUGCGAUUCCAGAACAAAAGAAAGGAACUGGUGUCCCAGACUUUCCGCCAGCCAAAUUACUGCCAGUACCAGGUUCAUUUACAGCGCAAGUUGUUUGCGAUACGAGGGUGACUCCAGAAGACCAUUGGCAAGACGUCAGACACAUCGAACUCAAAGUUCGCAGUCCAGGACGCAACGGAGCCAUAUCCUUUGCCGGCCAAACACUCUUAAUCUACCCCAAGAACUAUCCCGAGGACGUACAGAAGUUAAUCGAUUUGAUGGGAUGGGGUGAGGUCGCCGAGCAGAGGAUAGAAAUUGACUGGGUCAAGGGCACCCGGCCAAGAGACUACCAUUUGCCAGCGGGCGCAACAGUCCGCGACGUCCUAACGCACAACUUCGACAUCACCGCCGUCCCCAAACGAACAUUCCUUGAGUUCAUGGCCUACCACACCACCAACCCUCUCGAGAAGGAACGUCUCCAAGAGCUUACUGCCCGAGGCGACAGCGACGAAUUCUACGACUACACCUCUCGCCCGCGCCGAACCAUCCUCGAGGUCCUUGAGGAUUUCCCCGGCGUCAAAAUCCCCUACACCCGGCUCCUCGAAUUCCCCAUUAUCCGCCCGCGCGAGUUCAGUCUCUGCAACGGUGGCGAUCCCACCAUCAAAGAGGGCCAAGACCAAGACCAAGUGAUCUCCAACUCCAACAACGAAACCUCAAACGUUUACAAAUUCGAAAUCCUCGCCGCCCUCGUGCACUACCGCACCAUCAUCCGCAAACCUCGCCAAGGCCUCUGCUCGCGCUACCUCCGUCAUCUGCCCGUCGGCACCACCAUUCAAAUCGGCAUCAAGCCGCCCAGCAGUCCCUUUGCCAUGAACGACCCGGCCUUUUACUCGCGCCCGCUCAUCGGUGUCGCGACGGGGACGGGCAUUGCUCCGUUCCGUGCUCUGCUUCAGGACCGUUGUCUUGUCAAGGAUCAGACCCAGAUAGGCAAAACCCUCCUCUUCUUCGGCUGCCGCAACUCUUCUGCCGAUUACCACUUCAGCCAGGAAUGGCCGACCGUUCCGAACCUGGUGGUGCACCCUGCUUUCUCCCGCGAUACCACCUCCACUUCCACUUCCGACUCAUCAUCAUCCUCCGUCGAGGAGCAAAAACUUGCCCUCCAAAGAGCAGCAGGUAUCUACGACGCAGGCAAGAACUACGUGCAGCACCAGAUCCGGCAGCACGCUGCUGAGGUGGGGGAACUAUUGAGGCAGAACCCCAUCAUUGUUGUGUGUGGAAAUAGUGGACGGAUGCCCAAGAGCGUGAGGGAGGCGUUGGAGGAUGCGGCGGUGACGAGUGGGGUGGUGAGUGACAAGGAGGAGGCGAAGGGGUGGUUUGAUCGAAGGGAGAAUUGUGUUUAUUGGCAGGAGACUUGGUAG